CUAGCUACAUUGUUGUUAGCUUUUGUUUUCAAAAUGGGUCUUCUCCAUAGUUGUAUGAGGAAGCGGAGUAACAAAGUUGGCAUUAUGACCAACGAAGAAGAAGAAGCCUACAAGAAAAUAGAAAGAGAAAUAAAAAACGAAGUACUGGAAGAAACUAUGCAGAAAAAGCCCCUACCGUGGCUGAUGUUUAACUCUUCAUUGCUAGAAUGCAAGUUGCACACUAACCCUGGUGAGGGAAACGAGAGAAUCUCUAAUAUUGUUAAGAAAAAAGAUGGAAUGGCUUUCAGCCUUGACUUUAAGUCUUCUCUUCCAGCAAAACUUCCACCCAUCAAGAUCACAUCUUCCAGAAUUGUUCAAGAAGAUUACGAAAAGUGGAAAGAGACACAGGAUAAGAGUUUGAUGGAAAAACAAGAAAAAGCAAAGAUCAGAAGGGAAGCAGUGCUUCAGAAGCGAAAAAUUGCAGCAAAAAGACCAAAGACAGCACAGCGCCGAGAUUCAAGGGAAGUUGAUUCAUUUGAAGGGUGAACGGAAUCAAAGACUCGCCAGCUGUACAUUUUAGAGGACAUCAGAUAUUCCAUAAUCGGCAAUGCCUCUACAUGAUUUUUUAAAACUUUCUAUGAAUGACUCAUCUGAUUUGCGUUUUUAAAACUCCAUCAUCUAUCAUUUUUUAGCUUUCAAACUUGCAAUGUUGUUCUUAUAUUCGUGAAAUACAAAAAUGAAUUUGAUUCCUCCUUUGAAAUGAUGUCAGAACAAAAAUUAUAGAGUCUACCUAAUUUUUUCUAAGA